GAAAGAGGGCUAAAACUCUCUGGGCCAAUCAGAAGUGCCGCUGAGCUCUUCACCCUCCAGCAGAACAACACAACUGAGAGGCUGGACUAACAGGAACUCUAUGCUUUGUUCACAGGCAGCUCAGACUAAAGCUAGGCCCUUGUGGAACCGCCAAAGCUCUGCCUCCCUCCUGGAUCUGCACCAGCCCUCUCCUGCUGUCUUCAGCCUUCGCCAGGACCUUGCUGCUGCCUCCAGCCCUUCUUGGCCUCAGCCCGUUCUACGUCCUGGCAUGUUUAGGCCGACGUGCUAGCCCCCUUUCUCACUGGGGCCACCCAACUGGCCUACUACACCCUUGAGAUGGAGGAGGCGCAUGACUACAAGCUGGUAAAGGCAGAAAUCCUCACCCCAUGCGGCCAGUCUCCAGUCAACGCGGCCAGGGACUUCCAUAGAUGGCGGUACGACCCCAGCGCUAACCCCGGACCCAGAUGGAUGACCUCCUUCGCUGCUGCCACCGGUGGCCACAACCAGACCAGCUGUCAGCCAAAGAGGUCACCGAGCGGGUGGCCAUGGACCGGUUCCUGCGAGCUGUCGGAACCCAGAGCCCCUCCCUGGGUGGACACUUCAGGGUGGUGCUAGAGCCUUUUUCAAUUACCAAUAUUAUCAAAAGUCUUAUAUCCCAGAUCAAAAAUGCAGGAAAAAACAAAGAAAUAAAGAACUCCUCCAGGCUUGGAAGAGAAAAAGCAACCAGCUUUAUUUAACAAAAUAUCACCAGAAAUGGCACUCAAAUACACAGAUUCAUGAAUCGAUGCAGUCAAGUAUGCCCCCCUUCACCAGUCCCCCAGUAUAUAUACCUUCUAACCUUGCUCGGCUAAAUUUUUUCUAUGGAUUGGAAUCAACUAAUUUUUCCCCCUAAAAAACAGCCCCACCUUUCUGUGGCCUUCAUAUGGCCUAUGUGUCACAAGUUUUAAUUUAACACGUAUUAGUUGUUGAUCUGCCUGGAUUUAAACCAAAAAACACAUUUAUUUCAUUACACAUUUAGUUUAUCACUUAUAUUUUAACCUACAUCUACAUGCUCCAUAUGUUUGUGUACGUGUUGUUCCUGUGUGGUUCAUGGUGAUUGCCUGGCAAGUACUUAGAAUCCUGGGGAUUUUUACCAUUAUUUAAGGAAAGGGUGCUACCCUUAUUUUACUUUAGGUUUCAUUUGUUGCUUAUGUGAUAAUGAUAAUGUGGUAAAAAAAAAAGGAUUAAACUACCUCUGUGAUCAUAGUUUAGUUUGACUGAAAUUGAGUUUAUUUAUUUAGGUUAGGAUUAGUCAGUUUGUUUUAAUUCAGUUUAAUUUGAUUUUCUAAAUCUUCUCCAUUGCUUCAAUCCCUUUAACCCUUUUAGGUCCGUAUUUUUCCAUUACAUUUAUUCAGUGUUUUCUCCCUAUGUUUACAUUAACAUCAGCCCCUGCAAUAAUAUUUUACUUUGCUUGCUUUUCCUGGCGCCUCAAUAACAUGUUCUCCAAACACACUUCCGUCUCGGCACCUGUUGUUUUGUUUAUUACUUUUGCCACAAGGAAUUUUACUAUUUUUCCAUUUACCUGGGUAAGCUACUUCUUAUUUACAUAGGUGGUAUGAUAUAAUUUCUGUACUUUAUAUAAAGUUUAUAUUAACUUUAAUUUUUAAAAAAUAACCUUCAGCUCUCUCUCGAACGUCAGUGUCAUGUCAGAUAAGACUGUUAUGGUUUUCUCGCACCUAAGCUCAAGGAUUCUGAAUUUUCUCCAUGUUUUUCGGUCUCAGUGGAGCCAGCUCCAUGAUAGGAUAUGAUACGCUAGCUUAUGCCCUUGUUUACGCCAAAGCCAGACCACAGACCAAAGUUUGAGAAUAAUGCUAACUAACCCACUCAUCCAGUUUUGCUCAUCUCUAUUGUAAUGGAACAUGCAGAUCCCGAACAUCAGAGGGUGCCCUCGCCUAAGUUUUGAAUUCAUGAACGGACUUCCGGUUUCUAGGGUAUUUAAACGCCAUUCAGGCCUUCACUCAUCGCGAAGUAGCAACCUCUCUAGAGACUACUGAGUGUUUUCUAAGAUUGCCUAGAUAUUCUGCGUAUGAUCCUUGCCUGUUCUAUUGUGACUAUGCCUUUUGAUCUUGUGAUUCGGUUUUGGUUACUAAGUGUUUGUUUUCUGGCUUUUUGACUCUUUUGAGGCCCACAUCGCUUUUGAGUAAUUGCCUGCUGUCUAUGAAUAAAGUUCCGCAAAUGGAUUCAGAUCAACCCGCCUGGACUGUCCAUGAUGGACAGAAGCCUGCUCAGUGCCGUCUCUCUGCCACUGAUGUCAGGCUGUCCAGUUCUGAGCCCACAAUCGAGCCCGCCUUCCUCACCAGUUUGUCCAGACUGCCACAUAGAAGAGGGCACUCGCCACAACAGUCUGAUAGAACAUCUGCCAUAGAUUUUUGCAGAUGUUAAAGGAUGCCAACCUUCUUAGGAAGUACAGCCAGCUCUGUCCUUUCCUACACAGAGCGUCUGUGUUGGCAGUCCAGUCCAUUCUAUCAUCCAUUUGUACUCUCUCAUGGUCUGUCUCUCUGUCUGUCUCUCCUGGUCUGUCUUUCUGUCUGUCUGUCUCUCCUGGUCUGUCUGUCUGUCUCUCCUGGUCUGUCUGUCUGUCUCUCCUGGUCUGUGAGCAGUGAAGUGUUUCUGUGCUGAACCGAACAUUUCGUUAGUCUUUGUGACUAAAGUAAAAAAACUGCAGUUUUUUGUAGCUGUUGUAUAUAUAUCCAUGUAUCUGUGUGUGAUUCUGUGCAUGUGUGUGUGUGUGUGUGUCACAGAGAGCUGGAAGGCUAAGUUUAUCAAAACUGACAGGAGGAAGCUGUUGAACUAUAAAGCUCAGCUGGUGAAGUCCCUGCAGCCCAAAGUGUACAGUCCCAUCACUGGCUACUUCACAGAGGCUCAUCCAUCUGACAGGUCUUAAUCAUCAUCAUCAUCAUCAUCAUCAUCAUAAUAAUUAUAAAAUUGGAGUCCAAAAAGCCAAUAUUAUGCCAUCAACAGUGUGUGUGUGUGUGUAUUUCUGUCUAUCUGUCUGUGUGUGUGUGUAUUUCUGUCUAUCUGUCUCUGUCUGUCUGUGUGUGUGUAUGUGUGUGUGUGUAUGUCUGUCUAUCUGUCUCUGUCUGUCUGUGUGUGUGUAUGUGUGUGUGUGUAUUUCUGUCUAUCUGUCUGUGUGUGUGUGUGUGUGUAUUUCUGUCUAUCUGUCUCUGUCUGUGUGUGUGUAUUUCUAUCUAUCUGUCUCUGUCUGUCUGUGUGUGUAUUUCUGUCUAUCUGUCUCUGUCUGUCUGUGUGUGUGUGUGUGUGUAUUUCUGUCUAUCUGUCUCUGUCUGUCUGUGUGUGUGUGUGUGUGUGUAUUUCUGUCUAUCUGUCUCUGUCUGUCUGUGUGUGUAUUUCUGUCUAUCUGUCUCUGUCUGUCUGUGUGUGUGUGUGUAUUUCUGUCUAUCUGUCUCUGUCUGUCUGCGUGUGUGUGUGUGUGUAUUUCUGUCUGUCUGUCUCUGUCUGUCUGUGUCUGUGUAUUUCUGUCUAUCUGUCUCUGUCUGUGUGUGUGUGUGUGUGUGUGUAUUUCUGUUUAUCUGUCUCUGUGUAUGUGUGUGUAUUUCUGUCUAUCUGUCUCUGUCUGUGUGUGUGUGUAUUUCUGUCUAUCUGUCUCUGUCUGUCUCUGUCUGUGUGUGUAUUUCUGUCUCUGUCUCUGUGUGUGUCUGUGUAUUUCUCUCUAUCUGUCUCUGUCUGUCUGUGUGUGUGUGUGUAUUUCUGUCUAUCUGUCUCUGUCUGUCUGUGUGUGUGUGUGUAUUUCUGUCUAUCUGUCUCUGUCUGUCUGUCUGUGUGUGUGUGUGUGUGUAUUUCUGUCUAUCUGUCUCUGUGUAUGUGUGUGUGUGUGUGUGUGUAUUUCUGUCUAUCUGUCUCUGUCUGUCUGUGUCUGUCUGUGUGUGUAUUUCUGUCUCUGUCUCUGUGUGUGUCUGUGUAUUUCUCUCUAUCUGUCUCUGUCUGUCUGUGUGUGUGUGAGAGAGUAGUACUAACCACCUUUCGUCAAAGUGUAUUUUGACAGUUCUAGGUGAAAGUUUGUCCAAUCAGAACGCAUUGUGACAGGAAGUCCCGCCCCCUUUCAUCCAAUCAGAACGCAUUGUGACAGGAAGUCCCUUGUGACCAAUGAGAUUCUUUUAUUUUCCGGAUAUCCCGCCCCGAUUCCCCCUCCCAAUUUUUUGAAUAUCCAUUCACGCGCACCAGGGUUCCAUUCGCGCACUUCAGGGUGUGUGCAAAAGUAUUCGGACAGUGCGCAAGGCCGUCCGCGGGAAUGCGAGGCCGAAAGUUUUCGGACAGUGUGUGAGGGUGCAUUUCACGCGGCUGUGUCUUGAACUUAUGGUGUGAUUUUGGUGUGGACAUUUUAUUAAUUAUGGUGUGGACAUUUUAUUAAUAACCUUUAUUUUUUUUUUUAUUUGUGAAACGUAAACGGAUAUAUGCAAAAAGAGGAUUAAUGGCGUAUCACGGGAGUUCUAUUAUCAACGAGACCCUUAUAUCGAUUUUUCAAGAUCCUGGCAAAGAGGGUCCGUGGAAAAGCAGCGCGUGUCUUCAUCAUACUCAGGCACCGCCGUCGGAUCCGUUGUGCGAGGAAUGGCCUUUGGAUUCCGGGGGCCGAUGGGGUUAUGUGUUUAGAUACGAAAUAGGGGAAUUGCAGCUUUAUCAGUUGAAGUGUGGAGAGACGGUCCCGAGGCGUCUGGCUUCGUUAUCCUCUAACGACUGGGGUGUGUUAAAGAAGGUCUUCCUUGAGAAUUUUAGUGAUAGGAAGUCCCACCCCCCUUUGGACCGCCCCGUGCAAAUGUCAGGCCAAAAGUUUUCGGACGGUGUGCAUUCACCCACCGACCCCGUCUCAGGCAACCCAGGCGAUGUCUCUAACAGGGAAGUGAGGCCCGAACAGUUCCGACGGCCGAGAAUUCCGCAGCCUCUCCGCCAGCGUCGUGACGGAGGAUUAUUGCGUCUCGCCGAAAUAACGAGCGAUUUGAUUCGUGAUCUUUUUCGUGACUACACUGCCACGUUUUCUAACGUGUGUGAAAAGGUUUUGAGUGAAAUGUUUUGAGUGAAAUGUUUUGAAUGUAUGUUCGCCUUGGUAUAUAUUUUUGACAUUGUGAUUGCAAGGUUAUAGAUAGGGGGCAAUUAUAUAAUAAAAUUGUGCAUGAAAAAAUAAAAAAUCAUUUAACCCUGAGUUGUGACAUUUUAUUUAGCCCCUCGUUCAAAGUAAAAAGCAUACAAAAAACAUAAAACAUAUAAAAUAAAUACAUAUAUCAUUAAAAAAUAAAAAAAAUGGAUGAGACAUUAGAGAGGGUCCUUGCCAAAUUAAGGUUAAGCGUGGAAGGGCUAAGGCUUAUCCCGCCCUCCUUUCGCAUAGACACAUGGCAGGAGGUAUAUGAUAAUACCGCCGUCUUUCGGCAAGAUCCUCUACAGGCGAUAGAAAAUGCCAUCCUCAGUUUAAAUAGAUCCUAUAAUCUGUUUAUGGAAAUCGAGGCUGUUAUUCAUUCUAUAAACACGGAAGCAGG